AUGGCAAUGUUUGUUUCCCUCGCCGCCGCCGCCCUCGCCCCCGUCGCCGCCGCCACCCCAACCGCCGUCGCCGCCGCCGUCCGCCUCGCCGUCGCCGCCGCCGCCCUCCACCUCGCCGUCGCCACCACCGCCGUCCGCCUCGCCGUCGCCACCACCGCCGUCGGCCUCACCCUCGCCGCCGCCUCCCUCCGCCUCACCGUCGCCGCCGCCGCCGUCCGCCUCGGACCCGCCGUGCUUCCCGAGCUCUGCGACGGCACCCUCGGCUUCGACGUCGUCUCCUCCUUCUCGCUGGCCGACCCGUCCGCCAAGGCGGCCUUCCUCUCGCUCGCCACCGCGACGGCGACGGUCACGCUCACCCCGACGCACAAACUGCCCGCCGGCCCGGCAAAGGCGCUCAAGCAGGCGUCCGAGGUUGCCAUCGGAGAGACGAUCUGGCUCGCGUCGCCGGCCGCGGGCGCGCUCGGGCCCGUCCUCAAGAUAACCAAGGUCGUGGCCGACGGGCUGCACAGCCCGCUCACCAAGCACGGCGGCUGGCCGGUCGUCGACGGCGUCGCGACCUCGUACAACAGCGCGGCUGUCGUCGCGCGCAACAAGUACCUCGUCCCGCUCGUGGAGGCGGUCUGCCCCUCCCUCGGCCGCCUCGUCGUGGCGGCCGUGAACCCCAAGCCGAUGCACUACAUCGAUGGCGAGGUGGUCGAGCCAAUCUUUCCCUCGAGGCCCAGCAAAGAGGUGGAAGAUGAAGGCUUGCUCAAUCUCAUCAGCCUGUUUGCACCAAUCGCCAAGGUUAUAUCGCCGCGGGAGCUCAUGAACAGGGAUUGA